CCGCCCCCCAACGGCACAGCACACCCCCGCCGGGCGCAGUGGUAGAGCCCGACGCUACGUCACCCAUUGUUUACAAAUCAACCAGAGCCCGCAGGAUUCCGGCUCCCGCGGCUGCAGGCGCGCGGCGCGAGUGUCUGGCGGGCUCCGGCUUCCGCGUCCACCUGGGCCCCGGCUUCGGCCCCAGCCCCAGCCGUAGUCCCAGCCCCGCGCCCGGGUCUGCCGCGGCCCGCCGAACUCGCGGGAAGCCGGGCCGCCAGCGACGCCCGCAGAGCUCCGGGUGCCAGCGCGGGGGACCAUGCCGUGCCGGAGGGAGGAGGAAGAGGAAGCCGGCGAGGAAGCGGAGGGGGAGGAAGAGGAGAAGGACAGCUUCCUCCUGCUGGAGCAAUCGGUGACGCUGGGCAGCUCGGGCGAGGUGGACAGGCUGGUGGCCCAGAUCGGCGAGACACUGCAGCUGGACGCAGCGCAGGACAGCCCGGCCUCCCCGUGCGCUCCCCUGGGGGCGGCGGUGCGGGCGGACGAGGGCCGGGCCGCGGCGGGGCAGCUGCUGCUGCCGCCCUCCUCAUCUGAAGGGGUGAGCCCGGCGCCCCCGGGGGCUCUGCGCUGCGCCCUUGGAGACCGCGGGCGUGUGCGGGGCCGGGCUGCGCCCUACUGUGUGGCCGAGCUCGUCGCAGGCCCCAGUGCGCUACCCACACUGCCCCUUCAGCUGGGCCAGGAUGGGCCUCUAGGAUCUGGCAAGAGGGGUAUCUCGCAGCAGCUGUCAGGUCCGUGCCGGCGAGGAUGGCUCCGGGGCGCUGCCGCCUCCCGCCGCCUGCAGCAGCGACGCGGAUCCCAACCCGAAACCCGCACAAACGACGACGAUCCGCACCGACUCCUGCAGCAGCUCGUGCUCUCGGGAAACCUCAUCAAGGAGGCGGUGCGGAGGCUUCAUUCUCGACGGCUGCAGUUACAUACAAAACUUCCCCAACGCCCGCUCCUAGGGCCUCUGUCGGCCCCAGUGCAUGAGCCCCCUUCUCCCCGCAGCCCUCGCGCGGCCUGCAGUGACCCUGGCGCGUCCGAGAGGGCGCAGCUCAGAACUGGCGACGGCGUUCUAGUCCCUGGCAGCUAACACUCCCUCGGCAGCUACAGGGCCAGCCUGACUGGAGGGCAAGGGGUUCCCCAGAGGACUCCAGUCCUACUCAGGCUGGUGGAGAACUCUUUUGAAAGCAAGAGAAAUAAGCUAAUGAAGACGAGGAACUGAAAAAUCGCGCGUGUUGUCGCAGGGAACUGAGCUCGAGGGCCCCAAUCUAUUUGAAAUACAGGACUUAACUGGCCCUAUUUAAGGCAGAGUUUGCAGAGUGGACCACCCCAACCUCACAGUAGGACUCCUUAUUUAGCAGGACCCGACCUGGCCGCAGAGCAGAGUGUGCAGGUCAGCGCAGCUUCCUGGGGCCACAGGGCCUGGUGACCAUGUGGCCAUCCAUAGCCCACUGUUCUCAGGAUCACUAUGCGCCGUAACCAGGAAGAUGAUCCCAGUUACCCGCUUUUCCUUUUCAGGGCUGGUUCCUGAUCCGCUUUGGGGGAGGGGAACAUGAGUAGAUGGUAAUUUCAGGGAGCACCCCAGGCUGCCAGACUUGAACAUCUACCAUACUUUUUCUUUUUUAAAAACCCAUCUUGUUUCUUUUGGGGUGCUGGUUCUUAAUAUAAAACAUGCGGUACCGUGAAAGGACCCUCUUGGGGUUGAAUAGUAGUAACCUCUGCCCUCUCUUUGCAACUGUCUGCCGUUUUCAGAGUAGUGGGGUAAGGCUGUACGCUAGGGGUGGGCAUAAGGAGGUGGGGGGUAUUGAAUGGUACAAUGAGGCACUGAGUGAACCCUGUGGCCUCUCUAAAGUAUUUUCAAAGCCGGCUCUCCCCUCCUCGGGUUCAAGGUCACAAUUUCCCAGGCACACACAGGGCUGUGGGGCUCAGGCAGAGCAGAAUAGCUGGGUUCUGCCUGUACUAGAAGAGCACAGUGUUUUGCCAAGUGCUAGAGUCUCCUGAGGACACGCUGCAGCCGCCACCAAGGGUAUGGGGAGGUGGGAAUGUGCGGAGCUGCCUGCGGUCGACCACUGCCCGCUUUCAAGGAAGCUGUCAUGAUACAUGGCCCUGGGUCUCUCUUCACACACACCCCCUUCUGUCCCACUCAAGUGGGAGGCUCUAGAGGCCAGGGCUGGGGAAGAGGGAGCCCCCACGUGAGGGGCACUCCAGGGACACACAGCCUGGAACAGCAGCUUAUAAUGGGCUCUCCAGGGCCAUUUGCAAUAACAGCUGCAAUUCCCUGGAUAGAGGGAGUUGAUUUCCUCUUCUUUGCCCCUCCCCCAGCCAUGCCUGCUGCCUUUGUAAGUGAAAGAAACAGUAGAAAAUGUGACCCUCCAAAUGGCGAAGCUGUGGGCUUUGCCAUUGUGAACAGUGGUGAAGUGCUUGAAACAUACUGUUCAGUCGCUGUAAGGGCGCUGAGACCAUUCUGUUGUUUUAGCUGUAUAGUCAGUGGCUUGUUCAUCAUCCAGAUGUGGCUAUUGACAUAUCUACACUUCGCACCGGAGUGUGUGGAAUUAUGGCUAUCCUGAUUAUAGGAUUUUAACUUAACUGAAAUACCUGUUUUGAAUAAAUGUGUUGUGUUUUUUGUUUGGUUUUAUUUUAUACUUGCCAUCAGUGGGAAAGAUGUACAGAACACAUUUUGCUGAUCUCCAUAAACAUGAAAACACUUGAAAUC